ACUUGCUCACCAGAGUUUCACAGUCUGACCUGAAACUCAGUAUGUAACCCUGACAGAGAAACAGCAUUAUGCGGGGACAGAGAGAUAUCAUUGCGGCUGUUCUGCUGCUGUGCGCUGGCAGAGCGCUGUGCUCUGAUGGUGCAGAGAAUCAGGUCUGCAGGUCCAGUGACGAGGCGGUGUGUUUUGUGCCAGCUGACUAUCUGAAUGCAUCUGGUCCUGUCAGCGUAGAGCUGUCUGUGGGGAAGAAACUCAUCGUCUCCCUGGAUGGCCUCGCUGGAGAUCCUGUCUGCCACUGGAUCAGAGGAAUGGAUCCAGUGCUAAAUGGGAGUCACUCCUUGGUCAUGCCGCCGCUUUCUGAGACAGAUUCAGGGAAUUACACGCUGCUCUGUGAAACCAGCAAUGCGACCAGGUCUUCAGUAACUGUGCAUCUUCACGUAAUCAGGAAACGUCCCACAACACCUCAGCUGAUGUUGACUCGUGUAAAUGUCAGAAGGUCUUCCCCCUAUUUUAACUGCACCUCUGAGGGCUCCCCAAAGCCCACAAUCCAAUGGUCUGGCAUUGGUGGGAAAAAUGUUCCUGGAAACGACGCAAAGUCAGAGAACCCGAUAACGAGUAGUAACUAUCAUGAAAAAGGAGUGAUGUGCUGUGCGACCAACAGUGAAGGACAAGAAUGCACCCAGCUGUAUGACUAUGACAUAGAGAGUCACUUCAUGACAAAGGAUGAGGUUUCUAAUGUGACCCUGAGUCCUGGUCAGUCUUUACUGCUGCGCUGCCGAGGACUAGGCUCCACAUCACCCCAGUGGGAAUAUGGUGGCAAAAUACUGGAUGAAGAAACAUUACCAUGUGGAAAACAGAAGGAGAUGUGCAUUAAAAAUGAUUCACAUUUCGCAAGUGUGAUGACUUACCUGUCUAUCAGGUCAGUGAGUGAGGAGCACAAUGGCACAUACACUUGCAGGAGUCCGGAGAAUAAAACUAAGUCAGUUUAUAUUCAUGUCCAAGCUGAGGGUUUCCUCUCCGUCCAGUUGGAUGAAGUCAAGACCAUAUCUGCUUUGAAUGCAUCCAGAACCUGUUUGCAUGCCAAUAUUUCCUACCAUCCUGUUCUCCAGCACUGUUCCUGGGAGGCUCCUGAUGAAAAUGUGACUAAGUGUAUCAGGGAUACUUGGGUGACAAAGCACAGGACGGUGAAGCUCUGUGAUCCACUCAGAUCAGGAGAUUAUAAAUUACAUCUGGAGGCCGGAGGACAAAAACAAACAAAGACAAUAUCAGUGUGUGUCGCUGGCAAACCAAAGUUCACAUUCAGGUCCAACAAUGAUAAUGAUACCUUCACUUUUGAGACUGAAAGUCCUGUACCAGCUAAUUACACUUGGAUGUCGUGCUCUUCAUCCAAUGACAGCUGUGAAUCAGAAUCUUCCUGGAAAGAGAUCCCAGAUGCCAAUCAGGCAGACACUGAUGUCCUCUGUAACAAGAUGAUCAAGAGCUCAGUGAGCAGAAAUCUGGUGGAUGUACACUAUUUGAAGUUUUGCUUGACAAACGCAGUUGGCACCUGGUGUAAAACUAGACUCAUAUACCAUCCACACUCAGAGGCUUCCAUAGGUGGUGAGCCACCAAAUGAAAAUGGCUUGAUGCUGCUGAAAAUUUGCAGUUUGAUUCUGCUCGCAGCUUUGACAGUAGUCAGCGUGGUGCUCAUGUACUUUGUCAAAAAGAAGAAACCCCAGUAUCAGCCUCAGCUGCAGAUCAUCCAGAUGGUUGGACCCAAUGACAACGAUUACAUCUACAUCAACUUCAAGGACUUUGAGUACGACAAGAAAUGGGAGUUUCCCAGAGAGAACCUGGAACUGGGGAAAGAACUGGGCUCUGGAGCUUUUGGCAUGGUGGUGCAGGCAACAGCUUAUGGCAUCAACAAGCCUGGAGUGUCACAGCAGGUGGCCGUCAAGAUGCUUAAAGACAAACACCAGUCGGUGGAGAAGGAGGCUCUGAUGUCAGAACUCAAGAUGCUGACUCACGUCGGCCACCAUGCCAACAUCGUCAACCUGCUGGGUGCAUGCACUGAGACGGGACCCAUAUACCUGAUCUUCCAGUACUGCCCUUAUGGAGACCUGCUGAACUACCUGAAACACAACAGUGAACGCUACCACAAGUCUGUGACGGAUGCUUUUACUAAGGAUCGAUUCAGGAGCCUCUACCACAACCUGCAGCCCAAGAAAAACCCAUGUGAGCCAGAUGCAACAUUGGACAAUUACGUGCCCAUGUACGGCUCCUCUGCCACCAGAGGGCAGGAGGACAUCGCCCUGCUCACUCUUAACUCCAGCGACAUGGACGGCUAUGAAGAUCCAGAGGGCUUCGACAGCCCAGACGAUCAGACAGAAGACCUGCAGGCCCUGACCUUUGAUGACCUCCUGAGCUUUGCUUUCCAAGUGGCCAAAGGAAUGGAUUUCCUCUCCUCCAAGAACUGUAUCCACCGUGACCUGGCAGCUCGAAACGUGUUGGUGACGAAGGGCAGGCUGGUGAAAAUCGGUGACUUUGGUUUGGCUCGAGACAUCGACAAUGACACCAACUAUGUCGUGAGAGGAAACGUGCGUUUGCCGGUGAAGUGGAUGGCACCAGAGAGCAUCUUUGAGGGGAUGUACACCAUGAAGAGUGACGUCUGGGCUUACGGCAUUCUGCUCUGGGAGAUCUUCUCACUCGGUGUCACUCCGUACCCAGGCAUGAAGGUGGAUCACGCCUUCUAUUCGAUGAUUGAGAGAGGAUUUAAGAUGGAGUGUCCAUAUUACGCAAACGAGUCUGUUUAUGAGAUCAUGUGCAAGUGCUGGGCCCUGGAUCCCUCCAGCCGUCCAUCUUUCUCCAAGCUGGUGUCCUUCAUGUGCGACCAGCUGACAGACAGAGAGGAGAAGCUCUAUCACAACAUGCUCGACCAGUCUUCCAGCGACUACCAGAAUGCAGCGGCUAUUUUGGACAUUUCUGCCUUGACAAAGCUCAGCGACAACAAGACGCAGUCGGCCAACGACUACUGCAAAAACCACGUGAGUGACGAAAGCAAAGUAGAAAUGCCCGAGUCAGACGCCGUGGCAGCUAAAGAGGAAGAACCUCUGAAGCCAUGUGAUGCAGAGUGAUCUCCUAUUACGUGUCGAUGCUCAAACAGUUUAAUCUAUGUAACCGUUUAGAUAAGAUUCUUCUCAUAUAAUAAUCUCAACAUUGACAAUCGAAUGUACUUUUUUCAUAUGCUAUUGAAAUAGAAGUAUUAAGAUGCUUAUUGUUGAUGGGGUAGAAUACAACAUAUGUAGCAAAUAAUAACAUAAUCUGCAGGGUUUAUUCAUAGAUAUAGCUAUUUAGUGAACCACAUUUACCAGCCACUUUAUUAGGAACAUCUGUUAAAUCUAAUACAACAUAAUGAGAUGGAUCCUCCACAAAUUCUACCUUUUUGAAGCUUUAAAGUUUUCAGUUUUGUUAAUGGUGUCAAGAAGAUGAUAGUUCUACAUUUAGUUGAUUAUUGGGGAUUAUCAGUGGGAGUUAAUGGUGAACUGGACGGCGUUAUAUUUGAAAUAGUUCCAAAUAAUUUACCCUCUUCAUGUAUGUCAUGCAUUGUUAUGUAAAAACUGUAUUUUUUCUAUUCUCUUGGGGGGGUUGUGCAGCUAAAAGUUAAAAGUUGGUUUCAAGACUAUAAUUUAGACAUGUAUAUAUGGCAACAACCUUUUAACUUAAAGUCUUAUUAUGCUAUAAAAUAGACACAAAUGUAUCAGCAGCUAUUACAAGACAUUUAAAUUUCAUUAUUUUACACAUGUAUAUCUUUUUAUACCAUGCUUUUAAUGUUUUAAUGGAAUUUUUAUGCUGUAUUGUAUCAGGUUAAGUCUAAGUAUUAUACCUGCAAUAAAAUGUACUUUAUUCAUUAAA